CAGUAGUCACUCCUGCGCUCCUUCCAAAGCCGUCACUCCCACCUCUUCUUCCUUCUUCGGCCAAAAGCCAACUCGCUCCCUCUCUCCUUCUUUGGAGGCCACCCUGUCACCUCCUCUUGCUGCUGUACCUUCCGUCGUGCAGAGGCCGCGGUCCUCUACAAAGCAGGGAGGAGGUGUUCGCUCACGUCCCGAUGUAAUUUACCCGUGAGCUUCUUCAUGUGACUGCUAGGUCUGGCUGAAGUUUCUCGGUACCGUUUGCCGCGGAAAGCCGCGUGAAAGGGCGACCUCGACUCUGCUUUACUCGAUUGAGGUUCAGGAAGCUUUGGAUGAGGACAAGAGACUGGAUGCGGCCCCGCCACGUCAACUCAUGGUGGACUGAGCCAUUAACCAUCAGGUGACGCAGCGGUUCUCUCGAUUAGGAUCACUGCAUGGCCGAGCCACCCCUGAAAAUUUACUUCAUUGGUGGCACACCUCUCACGGGCCUGCCAAGUUGGCCCAACGUGUGCGUGCGGGACUCACGAAUAACAGGUAAUCAGCAUCAGCAUUCUCAGGGGUGACUCAGCCGGCCGAUCGCCAUAACCAUCAUACGCACCCAAAUACCAAAAGAGUCGUUUCUUCUAAUCAGGGGCACUGACUGUGGAGUCACCCCUGGACAAAUUCAGGGGUGACGGCACCUCCGGAAGGCCUGACAUGUUGGGGCCCAUAUGUCUGUGAGAGAUAGUAUCACCCCUGAAGGUUCUCAAGGGUGGUUCGAUCCUUACGCAGGUGACAGCCGUUGCUUUCCUCGCACUACGACCCCUCCAUCAUCACCAUCAGCCUGUGACACUCCCUGUGAACAAGCAGCUCUCCUUUCUCUGCUGUUCCCAUCGCCGCCGCAGACCCGCCUCCGUUUCCUCCCUCUCUCUCCUCCUUCUCCUUCUGUUGUUUCUUUCUUUGAUCUCUUUCCUUUCCAUUUCCUUCUCCUUUACUCUUCAUAUCUCUCCCUCUCUCUUUAUACCGAGCCUUACCUCAGUCUGUCUCUUUACUUUCUUCUUGCUCAGCUCUUCUUCUCCAGUCUUCAGGGGAGCCUAAGAGAAUAACCCGAAGUCCGGUGCUUCCCUCGGUAGCAUCACCGCCCAUCCCCGGAACCAGUGAAAAGGACCAAGAGCUCGGCGGGGAGUGAGAUCUCCUAAGAUGGUUGCUGCCAUCCCGGCGGCUACCGCCGCCACCCCGACGGCGACCACCCGCCCUCAAGCUCAGAAGAAGAUCCCGAACCCCUCUCCUCGCCGCCGCGAUCCCAUUUGCUCCGCCCGGCCGCCGCUGUCCCUCUCCGAGAAGAACAAUGCCGUCGCCCCCAAGUGCCCCCACACGAAGGAGAUGGGUUCCCGCUACCUGGCCUCUUACUCCCCUUCCUCAUCUUCCACUUCUGUUGCUAAAUGUGGCUCCUUUCCGUCUGCUUCCGCCUCCUCCUCCUCGAAAGGUCCUUCCUUUGCUUCUUCUUCUUGUUAUUCCGCUUCGACUGUGUCCUCUUCCUCUUCUUCUACUGCUAAUUCUUCUCAUCGACGCUCCCAUUCGCCUCUCCCCACUCCCCGACCCUCUACUCCGGUGGCACUGCCCCGGUCUUGCAUGCCCAGCCGAUCCAAAUCCGUCGACCGCACUCGACCCGCCGAUACCGCGAUUCGCCAUGCCGCUAAUAACCCCACCGAACUCUCCUCCGCCGCCGCCAGAGUCCUUCGUACGACCACCAGGAGUCUCUCUGUUUCCUUCCAAGGUGAGUCCUUCUCCUACCAGACCAGCAAGGUCAGAAAUGUCUCUCCUUCCCCAAACAGGAGGCCGACUCCGGAGCGGCGGGGGCCUGUCACUCCCGCGGCCACUCCGGCAAGGAGCAGUUUUAAGUCGGAGAGUGCAAGACCGUUCGACAACCACCACCGAUGGCCCGGGACCAGGACUCAUCAGUUGACUCCACUGACGAGGAGCUUGGACUGCUCCAUUGGUGAGAAAGAUUCGGUCUUGGCAGCCAUGCGAUCCCUGAGGCAUUCCAUAGUGCUCAAUGAAGGUGCAAGGAGGGCCUCAUUUGACGGUGGUGACCUGUCCCUCUCAUUCGACAUUGAUAGCUUGUCUUCUGGUGGCAAUUCGGUGUCACAUGAGCGCCCUACUCUGCCACCAAGGGGGCGGGCAACAUCCGGUGGAAUUGAUGUUCCUUCAAGGUUUCUGCAAGAGAAGGGACACCGGUUACACAGGUUGUCAGGGCCAGGUAUGCCGCAACCAUCAACUCGACUGAAGAGCACAGCCCCUACCAAGCUUGUUCCAGCAAAGAAAUCACUUGUAAAUGGCCUUCUGUCGUCUCCUGCAUCUGCACCUUCUACUCAUUAUGGUUCUUUCAGACCUUCUUCUCCUAGUAAGCUGACAGCUGCCUCACCAAGGGGCAUCCCAGGUGUUCAACGGGUGACAAAUAGCCUUGUGACAAGCUCCCCCAAUGUUGUUUCGCUGCCUGUCAAUGCUGCAUCAAUCUUUAACUUCACUGCUGAUAUCAAGAGAGGAAAAACUGGGGAGAGACGGAUCAAGGAUGCACACCAGUUAAGGAUAUUAUAUAACCGGCUCUUGCAGUGGCGGUGGGUUAAUGCACAGGCGAAUGACAACUUUCUUGCUCAAAAAUUGGAUGAUGAGAAAUAUUUAUAUGAUGCCUGGAUAACUACCACAAAAAUGCAUGAGUCAACAGCAAUUAAAAAAUUCAAGCUACAAACGGACAGACAACAUGUGAAGCUCAAUUCUAUUCUCAAGGGGCAGAUAACCUAUCUGGAAGAAUGGUCUCUUGUAGAUCAAGACCAUUCAAGUGCUUUACUUGGAGCCAUUGAAGCAUUAAAGGCGAGUACUAUCUGCCUUCCAAUUGUUAAUGGAGCAAAGGCAGAUUUUCAAGAAUUGAGAAAUGCUGUUAGUUCAGCAGUUGAUGUAAUGCAGGCAAUAGGAACCUCAAUAUGGACUAUAUUGUCUAAGGUAGAAAGAAGAAGUUCCAUGGUGUCUGAACUUGCUGAUUUUGCAACCAAAGAACAAGCCUUGAUGGACCAAUGCAGAAAUCUUUUGUCCACGGUAUCAGCCAUUCAUGUAAAACAAUGUAGCUUGUUAGGUCAUAUAACACAGCUGAGCAGACCAAGCCUGAUUCAAUUAUAGAUGGCAACUUGGCAUCAUCUAACUACUAACUCCACAGCAGCCUUUCUUUUUCUAACUCGCGACUCUGCAGAAGGUAACAGAGAAGGAAAGCUCAUCAGGUUCAGAUUGGGUGCUCAACUUAUGCAUGCAACCAUUUUGGUUAAGCAUAGGUUAGUUGAUUUCCAUCAUUGUUUGCCUUUCAGGGUGUGAGUUGUUGUGUAUAUGUGAGACUCUUUAUUUCCUGUUAAUUUGGUGAUCAAUCAUUAUUUAUAUCAGAAUAUGAGUUAUAUUUAAAAACAUUCAUAUGAUGUGUGUGAGAUGGAGAAAAGACAGGUUG